CGGCGGCGGCGGCUCUCUCGGAGGGCGGCGGCCUGGGCCGGACGAGCCAUGGCGGCCCCGGAGCCAGCGCCCAGGCGGGGCCGGGAGCGGGAGCGGGAGGAUGAGAGCGAGGACGAGAGCGACAUCCUGGAGGAGAGCCCGUGCGGCCGCUGGCAGAAGCGGCGGGAGCAGGUGAACCAGGGGAACAUGCCCGGGGUCCAGAGCACCUUCCUGGCCAUGGACACAGAGGAGGGGGUGGAGGUGGUGUGGAACGAGUUGCACUUCGCCGACAGGAAGGCCUUCGCAGCCCAUGAGGAGAAGAUCCAGACCAUGUUUGAGCAGCUGGUGCUGGUCGACCACCCCAACAUUGUCAAGCUGCACAAGUACUGGCUGGAUGCCUCAGACGCCUGGGCGCGGGUCAUCUUCAUCACGGAGUAUGUGUCGUCGGGCAGCCUCAAGCAAUUCCUCAAAAAGACCAAGAAAAACCACAAGGCCAUGAACGCUCGGUCCAUCCGCCACCAGGCCUGGAAGCGCUGGUGCACACAGAUCCUGUCUGCACUCAGCUUUCUACAUGCCUGCAGCCCCCCCAUCAUCCACGGGAACCUGACCAGCGAUACUAUCUUCAUACAGCACAACGGCCUCAUCAAGAUUGGCUCCGUGUGGCACCGCAUCUUCUCCAACGCACUCCCAGACGACCUCCGAAGCCCUAUACGUGCGGAGCGUGAGGAACUACGGAACCUGCAUUUCUUCCCCCCAGAGUACGGCGAGGUUGCCGAUGGCACUGCUGUGGACAUCUUCUCCUUUGGGAUGUGUGCGCUGGAGAUGGCUGUGCUGGAGAUCCAAGCCAACGGGGACACCCGGGUCACGGAAGAGGCCAUCACUCGUGCCAGGCACUCACUAAGUGACCCCAACAUGCGGGAGUUCAUCCUCUCGUGCCUGGCCCGGGACCCCGCCCAUCGGCCCUCUGCCCACAACCUCCUCUUCCAUCGAGUGCUCUUCGAAGUGCAUUCUCUGAAGCUCCUGGCAGCUCACUGCUUCAUCCAGCACCAAUACCUCAUGCCUGAGAAUGUGGUGGAGGAAAAAACCAAGGCGGUGGACCUGCAUGCAGUCCUGGCAGAGAUCCCCCGGCCGCCCUGGCCCCCACUGCAGUGGCGGUACUCGGAGGUCUCCUGCUUGGAGCUUGACAAAUUCCUGGAGGAUGUCAGGAACGGGAUCUACCCACUGAUGAACUUUGCCGCUGCUCGGCCCCUGGGGCUGCCCCGUGUGCUGGCCCCACCCCCUGAGGAGGCCCAGAAGGCCAAGACCCCGACGCCAGAACCUUUUGACUCGGAGACCAGAAAGGUGGUCCAGAUGCAGUGCAACCUAGAGAGGAGUGAGGACAAAGCCCGCUGGCAUCUCACUCUGCUUCUGGUGCUGGAGGACCGGCUGCACCGGCAGCUCACUUACGACCUGCUCCCAACGGACAGUGCCCAGGACCUCGCCGCCGAGCUGGUACACUAUGGCUUCGUUCAUGAGGAUGACCGGACCAAGCUGGCUGCCUUCCUGGAAAGCACCUUCCUCAAGUACCUUGGAGCUCAGCCAUGACCUCGCACCCCAGCCCCAGGGACCAGCCAUGGCAGCCCACGUGGGGAAGCCCCACAUGGGCCCAGGGCUCAGAGGGCCAGGGGCUGUCCUCUGCGGACAUGCUGAUGACCAGGGGCUGAUGACCAACGCCCGCUAGUGAGGAACCUCUGCCUUCCACAGCUUUCAAGGAGGCGUUGGAGUGGGGUGGGAGGUGGUGGGCUUGGGGCCACAGGGGGCCCAGCAGGGGGUGAAGGAGCCUGGGUUGGGGGUCGGGGGUGGAUAGGUAGGCCCCACAAGUCCUUAGGAUCAGGAUUUCCCCACCUAGCCCGUUUCCACAACUCACAAUCCCUUCCCAUACCCUCCGUUGCCUGGCCAAGAGUUCUGCCCCCAGCCCAAGGUAUCUGGUCAGGGACCAAGCCUUCAGCAGGGGGAGGCUGACCUGCCAGGGAGCCCCAGCACCGGGGGUGGAGGGUCAGUCCUGGAUGGACGUCUGCCUGGGGAAAUGCCCAUACCCUGCUGGAACCACAGCCCCAUCCCAGGAACCCCCACAUUGAACCAGUGGUACCACACCUGCAGGCGUCAGGCACAAGGCCGGGCCCGGCAGGGCCAUGACGUGGCAGGAGAAGCAGAUGGCAGAGACACGUCGAGGAGUUCACAGCCUUCCAACCCCUGCCUGGUGCAGACCCCCCCCCCCCCGGGGGGGGGCCUCUUCUGACUUUCUGCUGCUCUGAGACCGGGACCUGCCAUGCCCUCUGCGCACUGUUCUGGCCCGAUAGCCCCCUACCAAAGGGCUGUUUUCUCCCGCAUUCCCCAGCCUGGAGGGGUUGGGCUCAGGCAUCCUCCCUGCUCUCACUGUGCCUCCUCGCAAAUUCACUACUCGCCAUGUUACGUUCCUCACUCCUGUGGCAGCUGCCUCCCGAGUCCUGAGGAUACAAGCCCCUGACUCCAUCUCUGCCACUCAACUCCCUCCCACCCCUCAUUGCUCUGGCCUCCUUUCUACUGGACCACCUCCCCUCCAUCUUCAAAUUGAGUUAAACAUUCUUAAGCAUUUUAAAUUGCAUGUAUAAACUUAGUGCAUUCAGGUCUCUUUUAAGUAUUUCUAUUGUCAAACCAGGAAAGCUCAUCCCUGUGUUACUUCUCUGUUUCUGUAAGAAUUUACCACAAACUUAGUGGCUUAAAACACAGAUUUAUUGUAGUUCUGCAGGUCAAAAGUCUGGUACAGGUCUCAUCAGACUAAACUCAAGGUGUUAGCAAGGCUGCAUUCCUUUCUGGAGGCUCUAGGUGAACCUAGAACUAAUUCCUAGGUUUCCAUUUCCUGCUCCAUCAGGCUGUUGGCCUGCAGGUGUCAGGCACGGCGUGGGCACUGGCCAGGAAUUCAUUUCCUUGUGGUGAUAGGGCCAAGGUCCCCAUUUUCUUGCCCUCUGUAAACUGAAGGUCAUUCUUGGUCUCUACAGGCUCCACCAUUCCUUGGCUCAUGUACCCAUCCUCCAUCUUCAAAGCCAGCAACAGCCGGUUGAGUCUUUCUCAUGAACCAUCUGUCUGGUUUUCUGCAGCCAGGAAAGCUUCAUGUAAUUAGGUUGGGUCCACCUGAAUAAUCCAGAAUAAUCUCCCCAUUGCAAGGUCCUUAAUCAUAUCUGCAGAAUCCCUUUUGCCAUAUAGAGUUGACAUUCACAGGUUCUGGGGGUUAGGGCAUAGACACCUUGGAAAGAGGGUAUCAUUUUUCCACCUACUACAUUAUCCUAACCAAAAACCAAAAUAAAAGUUACCAAGGUGUAUCAAAUGUACAAACAUAGUGAAUCUCAAGGUGUCUUAAACAUCCCAAUAUUCUACAACGUUACUCAUAUUCUCACAUCUUUCAACUUAAAUAAAUCCACAAUAACAUACACAUCUAGUUGGAAAUCCUGAUGUCAUCGUCUUAAGCAAUAUGAGUGUCAAUAACAGAUUGUACCCGUGAUUAAACUGAACUCAAAAGUAUCAAUACUAUCAUUGCUUCAUUUAAUCAUGCUUAUGUUAAGAUUUUCAUUUUAUCUUUUCAAAGUCAUAUACAUAUUAUUUAAAAAGUGGAAUGGGUUUUCCUAAGCCAACAAUAAAUAAUGUAGUCUCGAA